AUGUCGUAUCCGAGUCAUCUAACCGUGGCUGCAACAAGUGAGACAAAAACCGAUAAAAGCCAUACCAAUUUCAAUCGGCCCGCUGCACCUAGUGACGACUCAUCGAAUUUGCCUCAGUUGCCAUCGUCUCCGAGAACGAAUUCAAAAUAUCUUUAUUAUGUAAAUGCCGAACCAACUCAAAAACAAUCAAUAACGCCAACUCCAUCGCCACUAGUAGUAACACCAACACCAUCGCCAACGCUAGCAACACAAUCAACAUUAACAUCACAUGGUCGUCGAAAACUAAGUGCUAUUUCAUUAACUGUCCCUUGGUAUAAACGAACUCGUGUACCUAGCGACGAAAAACUUUCACAAAAAACUCAUAAAAUGUCUCGCGAUCGUUUAUUACCGCUCGACAAAUUAUUUAAUAGUGACUUGCAUAGACCAUCCGAUGAAGAUCAAGCAUCGCCAUUGAAUGAUUUAACUGCAUUCGAUGAAACUGUAAAAUCGAAUGAAAAAAAUAUACGAAGCGCAAAAGAAAAUGGUUAUUUGCAUAACUCAUCACACUUAAUGACCAGGCUGCAAUAUACAACGAAAGGUACGAAAGCCCUCCGUCUUUUGGGUGAUGGUAGCCGUCAAAAGAAUCGUGAUGCACAACAGGAUCAAACAUAUAAUCCAAAAGAAUCCGUUCUGUCUAAAAUUUCACCACGUGGAACUUCACAACGUCGUCUUCUAUUAAAAAAUGGCGACGUAAAUAUAUCAAGAUUCAAUAUUGAAAAACGCCGUCGACAAUAUUUAGCUGACAUUUUUACGACAUUGAUCGAUUUGAAAUGGCGUUAUACAUUAUGUUUGUUUACGCUUGGUUUUUGUCUAAGUUGGUUGGCAUUUGCAUUAAUAUGGUAUUUAUUGAUGUAUACAUAUGGAGAUUUUCACCCAGAUAAUUAUAACUCAGCGAACUAUUCUGUUUGCAUCGCUGGUGUACAUUCAUUUGCUGGUGCAAUACUUUUUUCAAUUGAAACACAACAAACAAUCGGCUAUGGUACACGUGUUGUUAAAGAAACUUGUUAUCUUGCUAUUGUUGUUAUGAUGGUACAAUCGAGUAUAGGAGUACUGUUGCAAUCGUUUAUGGUCGGUGUUGUUUUUGCAAAAAUUUCACGACCAAAAAAACGUACCGAAACUUUAAUUUGGUCGCGGGAAGCAGUGAUCUGCUUACGAGAUGGUCAAAUGACAUUGCAAUGUCGUGUUGGUGAUAUGCGUAAAUCGCACAUUGUCGAAGCGCAUGUUCGCAUGUAUUUAAUAAGAAAACGUGUGACGCUAGAAGGAGAAAUUUUGCCCUUACAUACACAUGAUAUGAAUGUUGGAUUUGAUAAAGGUGUCGAUCGAUUAUUUUUAAUUUGGCCAUUAGUUAUCGAACAUAUUAUCGAUGCGCAAUCGCCAUUAUAUACUAUGAGUCGAGAUGAUUUAGUUCAACAACGAUUCGAAUUAGUUGUUAUACUUGAAGGUAUUAUCGAAUCAACAGGUAUGACGACACAAGCACGGACAUCAUAUUUACCAUCGGAAAUUGUAUGGGGCUACCGUUUUGAACGUUUAAUUACAUUUCAGCGUAACGAUGGUUUAUAUCGUAUUGAUUAUUCACGUUUUCAUUUAACAUAUCCUGUCGAUAUGAUAACAUGUAGUGCUAAAGAACUAAACGAACUACAUGAACUAGAAAAAUGGCAUGAAAAUAAUCAAAAUAAUACUAAUACUCAUAGUGAUAAUAACAGUAAUAUGCGAGAAGAUGAACAUCAAAAUGAACGUAGUAACGAUAAUGAAAAUGGCUUUUUUCAAGAAGAUAAAGCGCCACAACAAUCACCGUCAUUAAUCUGGCAUGAAAAAAAGGAAAGCACUUUGUGA